AUGCUCCAGAAGGUGACGCUACGGGCCCGCCGAAGCUACAAUUGGAUAUGUAGCGACUGUCAGAAAAGGCUGGGUUAUAAUAUUAACAUUAAUAUUAAUAAUAAUGGCCGAAGACAGACGGUUAGGUCGUCCAACGGAUCGACAACUGCCUUCGAUAGACGAACUUUGCCGUGGCGGCGACCUGUAGUAUUUUUGGGCGUAAACGACAGGAGCUCGUUGAGCCAGGGGAAGCGAUGGUACUCGAAAGAUGCAGGAUUAGAGGAUGAUGAUGCCCGGAUGCGGGAACUAGAGAGAUUGGAGAAUGGAACGGGAGAGGAUAUAGAGCCUUACGAACAACCUGAGGACGAGGAUUUAGAACUAUUUAUUGACGACCUCGACGACCCGUCACAAGAUAUUCAGGAUGACCCCAAUAACCGCCAACGGCCUAUAUACCCCUACCAACGUCACAAACCAGAACAUCCUGACAAGCUCAAUUAUGUCUAUAUAGCUGACCCGGACCUUGAGGACGAAACUUUACCACCCCGAGAUAUCGCUACGCAACCUCCUGUCCCUCGAAGAGUAGCUGCUGAGCUCGCAGAUCCUACCCGAGCGCCUGAUUGGACUCGUACACUUGGUGAAAAUCGCCAGCUCCGUCGAAAGCCCCAGGUCACCCGUGCUUCUCUCGUUCGCGACCUUGAACGCAUGAAUGCUCGCCUCGCCCGCGGUGGUUUGGGAUUAGUCGAACCCCGAAGAGCCCGCCGUCGUGACCAUGUGGUCACGAGGCCUGAAACAAUAACUGACGGCUACGAAGAAAGUAUUUGGCAAAAGUUCAAAGUGGAUUACAGCCGUCGAUUCCGCAGCGGUGACCCCACUGUAUUUCUGGGUAGACCGGAAGGUUGGAAGCCUACCCGUGGAGAACUGAAGAUCGAAUAUACUCGUUUUUUCUGGGAGCACGUCGGGAGUAUCACGGAGUGGUAUGCGCAACGAAGACAUUGGUGGAAUGCGCCUGAUCUGCGGUUAUGUUUUGCGAAUUCAUUGUUCAUGCUGGAGAGGUUCACUUCCCCGGAAACGAUAGCCAAGUAUCGAUUCCGUGGGGAGCCGUUUCAUAAAUUACAACUUGCUGAGGUUGGAGGUUCUCUCGAAACUGGAGAAAAGCCAGUUCCGCUAGAUGAUCUUGCACAAGAAUCGCGAGAGGAAUUGUUGGCUUUGGAACCGGAUAGCUAUCAGCUAAUCGAAACGACGGUGAAAGAGAGGGACACUAUGAUGUCUUCGAUGAAGAACUGGACGUCCUCGGGCCUUCUACCGAAUGAGAUUGACGAAUUCCGGCUCGAGUAUCUAGGACAAAUUGACCUCGAGGGUUUAGCAAAAGUCUUUAGAGUCAACGUCGAGAAAAAGCUACCGUUGUCCAGCAAUAAGCUUUUAGCGUUGAUACAAUCUCUAACAUCGUUGAAAAUCUCGAAGCAGGAUAUAAGAUAUCUUCUUCCACCGGGGUAUACAGACAGCGUCGAGUUCAUCUCGAGUACCAUCGUUUCGCUCAUCCUCUCGCACGAACAAAACAAGGUUCUGAAUACACAGAUUUUCAACGCUGCAAUUAACUACUUGAUGCGGGCGAAUCAGGUUAAGAAGGGACGGCAUUUGAUUGACCUUAUGGACCAUUUAAAGAUUCACAUGAAUGCUGGAACUUUCCGAGAAGGAUUACUAUCUGCGGCCAAACACAAGGAUCUAUUCGUCUUCGAACGACUCCUCCGACGCCUGAUGCAAAAGAGAAUCAAGUUCGAUCAUGAGACUUGGAAAGCUUUGAUGUUAUGUUGUCAUACACCCGGCCAACAAAUUCAAGUUCUGCAGACAAUGAAGAAGAUUGGAUUGGAUCCGAAAAGAAUUGCACCCGGACAACUCAUUUCGCUCUCUUUCAAGAUGUAUAGAGAUCAGCUGAGGCAUGGGAACAUUAAUGCUCCUGUUCCUUGGAAGAAUUUGGCUGGGAUACAUCUAGACGCUUCUACACUCAACCCGAUCCUCGAAUUCCUAUACGAAAACUACGCCUACGAUGACGCCCGGACACUUUUCGAUAGAGCGUCGAAGCAACUGAAGAUGCAGCCUAACUACGGGACCAUGAGAAUUAUCGUUCGACAAGCUCGAGUUACAGGCACGAUUAUCCCGAUGGUCAGGGCUAUCCGCAUUUUUGAGGAUAAGUUCGGGAUCAGAGCGGAAGGUGAUAUCAUGCAGAUGAUAUUCCAGCAGGCGCACAGAUUUAGAUAUUACAAUGUUGUGAGAACGGUUUGGGCGCACGCUUGUUUAAGGAAUCUGGCUACGAAAGGAAUGAUCGAUCGCAUGCGAGCGGAUAUCUAUGAAACUGGACGGUCAGCUGGAAAGCCCGGGAAAUUGGCGUUGGGAGUAUGUUCGGAGGACACUGAAGCGGUGGUUAAGACCCCCGUUUGGGCGAUGAGGCUUAUAUCAAAGGCUAGAGAUCCUCUGGGUUAUUUGGCUAGUGAGGGAGGGGUUUAUCGGAACAUGGAGUUUAUGAGAGAUCUCAAAGAUGUGAAGGAGAGGGAGAAAGCUAUGCGGAUCUUUGAGAAACGGGUUAUUAGGAUGCGAAUGGAGCUCUUGAGAAUGGAUCUUAGCUCCCACCAGAAGUUUAAACCAAGACGGGGCUUUUCAGCAGACUUGGUGACAGCGUUGAGGAGGGAUCUGUUUUUGAGGAAGAAGCAUCCACAGUGCCAUGACUGGUCAAUGUUGACAUGGGCAUGGAGUUUGUUCCAGGUGCGAAGAGUGGGCCGGGACGACAAUAUAGGACAGAUAUUGGCCUGGGAGAGAGUCAAGAAGCGGCAAGAAGCAGCAAAGAAGGAAGGAAGAAUCAGAGAUGAAGAAAUGAUCUGGGCUAAGAACUACGCUCUAAUGAACAACAUGCCGACACACUUGAGUCUCCGUUGGCUCGAUCACCCAUCGAUGAGUGCCCCACCGAUCGAUAGGCCAAGCCGGAUAAUACCCGACAUCAAGAGCCUAAGCCAGGCCGAUAUACAGGAAUUUGAAAGAGAAAAGGAAGAAGAGAAGAGAAUGAUGCUGGCAGGUAAGGAAGACCUGUACGCGUUUUAUGAGCACAUCAUCAGCGACGACUUGGAUCCCCUUAAUUUAUCCGGUGGCGGCGGUGAUGAUGACUAUGAUGAAGUGAAAGAGGCUCACUUUAACAAUCCAUUUUUAGAACGUGAGAUGGGUGGGGCUUUGAGCGAUGCAAUUAGCUCGUGGAAGAAGCCGCCUAUCCCCUAUGAAGAUCAAGAGAACAGAAACGAGGAAGAAGAAGGCUUCUUUUGGGAUGAUCACGACAAAGUGAAUACGGAGAGAUUGAAGAGGAAUGAUGCUGUGCGCGAGGCGGAAGUUGAUGCGCAGAUUAGAGCAGACUUUGAAGCUGCUUAUCAGGCAGCCCUGCCCAAGGAUGACGAAGAGGAAAGCGGAGGGCGUAAAGAUAUGGAUGACUAUAUAUACGAUUCGACAAAGGAGAUGUAA